UGAGGAGGUUGAGGCCUCUAUAAAGCACAGUGAGUGUGUCAGUGUGUGUAGAUGUGUGUGUGUCUGCCGUGUAGUGAGUCAGUAGAGUUCACUGAAGCGUCGCGGAGAGACGUUUCCGCCCACAAGAAAGAUGGCGGCUCCCUUGCUGGAGAAUCUGUCGGAGUCCUUAGGAUCCCCGGAGCCGGCGGUGCGACUCCUCUUAUCCAUACUGAUCGGUUAUCCCUGUGCUCUGGUGUACCGGCGGUUCUUGUUCUACCAGCCUGCCACAGUUAUACACCUGUUCCACACGUUCUCUGGACUGGCACUAGCAGCAUUCAACUUUGGCUCUCAGAUCUAUCACUCUGCAGUAUGUGUCCUUGUCCAAUUCCUGAUGCUGAGGCUCAUGGGAAGGACAGUAACAACUGUCCUGAGCAGCUUUACCUUUCAAAUGGUAUACCUGCUGGCAGGGUAUUACUACACAGCGACAGGGGAGUAUGACAUCAAGUGGACCAUGCCGCAUUGUGUCCUCACACUAAAACUUGUUGGUUUGUCAUUUGAUUACUUUGACGGCGGGAAGGAACCAUCCCAGCUGAGUUCAGAGCAGAAGAGCUCAGCCCUGCCGUGUGUGCCCUCCCUGCUGGAGGUGUGCGGCUUCUCCUACUUCUAUGGAGGCUUCCUGGUGGGGCCCCAGUUUACACUGCGCAACUACCAGAGGCUGGUGGCGGGGCAGCUCACCGACUGCCCUGCAAAGCCUCCGAACAGUGUUAUACCGGCUAUGAAGAGGUUUGCUCUGGGUUUUCUCUGCCUGGUGAUAUAUGCAAUAUUUAGUCCCUAUUACUCGGACAGCUACUUCUUAACAGAUGAGUACGAGGCUCAGCCCUUCUGGUAUCGCUGUGUGUUUAUUCUGCUUUGGGCUAAAAUCAUCUUGUAUAAAUAUGUCAGCUGUUGGCUUAUAGCGGAGGGUGUAUGUAUAUUAGCCGGACUAGGCUAUAAUGGCGUAGUGGAUGGUGAGCACAAGUGGGACGCCUGUGCCAAUAUGAAGGUGUGGCUCUUUGAAACCACGCCACUUUUCGGAGGAACCAUCUCUUCCUUCAACAUCAACACAAACGCCUGGGCUGCCAGACAUGUCUUCAAACGAUUGAAGUUCCUGGGUAAUAAGGCCCUGUCUCAUACGGCCACACUCCUCUUUCUCACUAUUUGGCAUGGUCUUCACUCUGGAUACAUCCUGUGCUUCUCCAUGGAGUUCUUCAUUAUCACCGUAGAGAGACAGGCCCUGGCACUGGUGAGGGACAGUCCCUCGCUGUCGAAGCUGGCCAACAGCGCACUCUACCCCCUCAUCUAUGUAGUCCAGCAGUUCAUCCACUGGCUCUUCAUGGGCUACCCCCUAGUGCCAUUCUGCCUCUUCACCUAUGACAAAUGGCUCAAGGUGUAUUCGUCCAUCUACUUCUGUGGUCACGUAUUCUUCCUCGUAGCCUUUUUAAUCAUGCCAUACCUCCGUAAGGCGCUGGUGCCUAGGAAAGAACGGAGCCCAACAAAGCAGGAUUAAAUCUUGGUACUAAGACUCGGCAUGGUCCGUCUAAGGCUAAAUAUCCACUGAAGGGAACUGUGACUUUCAAGGAGCAGAAUGGAAAAUAUUUUAAGGCCUUUAGUAAUAUAUAUGUCCAUGUAAAAAUAAAUUUCUAUAUAUUUUUGUGUUUUAAAUGGGAAGGGUGUUUUUAUAAACAUUUGGAGAAAUGUUUACAGGAAAUGACCAUCGUGCCACAUGGGGUAAUUGUGAGCCAAUCAGGGGCGAUUUCCUGUUGUUGAUUUUUUUUUUUUUUUUGUAAAGAAACGUUGGACUUGCAGAACUUGAGAGACUUACAUGCUGUCGACACAGAAUUGCACUCACCAGUCACGGGUUCAGAGUCUGCCAUUGGCUCCGAUGUCUUUUCUUUUAUGUUUCAUUUCUCUCUCUCAUGUCUGCCACCCCCAUUUAGCAGCAGCAGCAAGAUUUCACAGGAGGUUUAAGCACAGCGCCAGCGUAUGUGGCACUUUCUAAUGUAAUAAUAAAAAAAAAAUGCUUUCUGCAAAAGACAAAUUAUUAUAAUAAUAAUAAUCAUGGGAGGGGGGGUUUCUUGAAAAUGGCUGCCAGUGGUUAUACAAGCACUGUAAAUCACACACUGUACACUAAUCCCCAACUCAAAAUGGCCUUGUAUUAAUGAAUGUUUUUACAGUACAUUUGUUUUGGUUUUAAUUUGAUUUGUGAUGAAAAAAAGACUUGAUUUUAUAGAGUUUUAACAGCUUUUAUGAAAAAGAACAUUUUGUAGCUUUGGGAUACAGUUUCAUGAAAUAGUUUGCAUUGUUCUCCGUUUUCUUUCUUGCCAUGUUUCCUCCCUCUCCCUCUGUUCGGUCUACUCCAUUCCUCUGUCUGCCGUGAUUCAAGCCCUCGGCCCUCAGCUCUGAAAUGCACAGGCGUGAAAGUGAAUAACUUCAGAAGGAGACUUGCACACUGCCCAACCAUACACUCACAACAGUCAAAUCGUUUGGGUUCAUCUGAUAUUCACUUUAAAUCUCCAUAAAUAGAGUGUUUUUUGAAUGGAGGAAUGGUCUCAUUUUUGAACUGGAAGUAAAAGAAACAAAAAAAGUG